GAGCAGUGCUGUAGUAGGCUCCCUGGACGCCUCUGAAAAUGGGACAGAUAGAAUGGGCAAUGUGGGCUAACGAACAAGCCCUGGCAUCUGGACUGAUUCUUCUUGCUGGAGGCAUUAUUGCAGUGGCCGGGCAGUUUAAAGGCUGGGAAUUUGGAGCAUAUGGCAUUGCUGCUGGUGCAUUCAUCACUCUGCUGGAAUAUCCACGAAGCAAGAGAAAGAAGGGCUCCACAAUGGAAAGAUGUGGUCAGAAGUACUUGGCAGCUGUAGUUAAAGUUUUUGGCCCCCUCACACGAAAUUACUAUGUCCGUGCCAUCCUCCAUGCAGGACUGGCAGUACCUGGAGGGUUUAUACUUGCCACUAUCUUGGGCACUGUGUGUCUUGGCAUUGCAAGCAUUAUUUACUUUCUGGCAGCCAUCCGUGGGGAAGAAUGGCGUUAUAUGGAGAAGCAAGCAGAACCAAAGCCAAGGCCCGGAGAAACAAUUAAACGCCCUCCAGAGAACCCGCCCCCGCGCCCCCCAGCAGAGGUGCGAAGGAAACAGGUCGAUGAGGUUUCUGCGGAAGGGGGCCAUGUUAAUCCUAUUCCCGUCACAGAUAAUGUAUGAUGACCUUUCCCUUCUGCAUUCAUUCAUACUAAAGAAUUUUUCUUGUUGCUCACAACCACCAUGUAUAUAAUAUAGUCAUUAAAGAUGGUCUAGCUUUUGUAUAUACAGUAUUUUUAAACAUGUGAUUUUAUAAACUGGAUUUCUCAGCCUUGCCUGCCGACCCUUACUACAAUAAGUAGACACAUAUCUGUCCUCUGUGUGUGCGUGCAGUAAUAGAGUGGAAAUAAAGCUCUACAACGGCCAUGUUCCUGGAUGUUAUAACAUUUCUAGCUGCUUUAAUAAUAAAUAUAUACCUUUUACUAGUA